AUGCUCAAGCAGUUGGAGAAGGAGAAGGAGAUGGAUGAAGAUAUAUACGACAAGAUGGAGUGUUGGUGCGAGACAAACGACAAGGAUAAGAGCAAAUCCAUCUCGGAUGCCGAGGCCCGGAUCAAGAAGCUGGAGGCGCUCAUCGAAGAGGACACGGCCCUCAGCGCACGCCUCAAUCAGGAGAUCGCGAAGCAUAAGGAAGAGGUCGCGGCCGCGGAGAAGGCGCUCGCGGAGGCCACGUCGAUCAGAGAGAGGGAGAUCGCGGAGUUCGAGGCUGAGGAGAAGAGCUUGCUCGAGGCGAUCUCCGCACUGUCGGCCGCAGUCGAAGUGCUGUCCAAACACCACAGGGCUGACGAGGCAGAUGCUUCCUUCUUGCAGGUGCCCAGCAGCCGCAUGAGCGAGGUCGCGCUGACGCUGCAAAAGGUGAUGCAGCAGCACGGCGAGAGGCUGAAGGGCGUGUUGACGCGCUCCCAGCGCAGGGCCACGACCGCCUUCAUACAGGCUCCGCAGGACUACUUCGACGCCACGCCAACAUUCAAGCAGUCCUACGCGCCACAGUCUGGGGAAAUCUUCGGGGUACUUGACCAGAUGAAGGAGGAGUUCCAAAAGGAUCUGAAGGACGCGCAAGAUCGUGAGACAGCGGCGCAAAAGGCGUACGAGGACCUUAAGGCGGCCAAGGAGGCGGAGAUCGCGGCAGGGAAGGAGCAGAUCGCGACGAAGACAGCUUUGCUGGCCGAGUGCGAUGAGCGUCUUGCCCACAACAUCCAGGACAAGGACGACACCAUGGCAGCGCUGAGCGCCGAUCAGCAGUUUCUCAUGAUGCUCAAGGAGAAGUGCUCCCUCACGGACAAGGAGUGGGAGGAGCGCUCGAAGACGCGCGCCCUCGAGAUGGAGGCGGUGUCGAAGGCCCUGGCCAUCUUGAGCGGAGACGACGCUCACGACCUGUUUACGAGGACCUUCAACCCGGCCUCCACCGCGAGUGGCGAGGGCACAACAUUGUUGCAGAGCGGCAUUGCGGCACACUCCCAGCGCCGGGACGAGGCCGCGAGCUUGCUGAAGACCGCGGCCGCGAAGCUGCACAGCCCGCGGCUGUCGGCUCUCGCCACGCGCGUCCGCUUGGACGCCUUCGAGCGCGUGAAGAAGGCGAUCGACGACAUGAUCGCGGCGCUUCUCAAGGAGAAGGACGUCGAGAUCAAGCACAAGGACUUCUGCGUCGACGAGCUGAACGAGAACCAGCUGGAGACAGAGAAGAAGGAGCGGGACAAGUCGGACACCGAGCUCCUGAUUUCCGAGCUGGAGGCCCACAUCAAGAAGCUGGCCCAGGAGAUCGAGGCGCUCAAGGGGGAGGUGGCCGAGGCCCAACUGCAGCUGAAGGCUGCAGGCGAACAGCGGGAGGAGGCGAACAAGGAGUUCCAGCUCACGGUCGACCAGCGGGCGACGCAGAAGCUGCUGAGGGCCGCGCUCGGCGUGCUGGAGGAGUUCUACGGGCAGGCCGGCGCGUCGCUGCUCCAGCGGCAGGAGCCCGUGGGCCCGCCGCCGCCCCCGGGCUUCGCCGACUACCAGAACCACGAGGGUAGCGUCGGAGUCAUGAAGCUGAUAGCGCAGAUCGCCGAGGACGCGAAGGCAAUGGAGGCGGCGGCGCUGAAGGCCGAGGAGGAGUCGCAGGCGGCAUACGUGGCGUUCGUCGAUGCGACCAACGCUUCGAUCGACUCCAAGGAGAAGGAGAUCAUCAACAAGGAGCAGGAGAAGGCCAAGACGGAGGAGGAGCUCGUGAAGCAGAAAGAGAUCCUCGACAGCAUCCUCGCGGACCUGGAGAAACUGUCCGACUACAACGCGCAGCUGCACAAGAGCUGCGACUUCGUGCUGAAGAACUUCGACUUGCGCCAGACGGCACGCGACGAGGAGAGGUGGAAGCGCUCAAGCAGGCCAAGGCGAUCCUCCAGGGCGCGAAGUUCUCCGAGUUCCUGCAGCGGGGCUGAGAGCCUCUGGUCCAGGCCGUCGCGGGGGCCGAGGACGCGCUGGGGGGCCACGGCCAACGCCGCCCGCGGCAGGACGGGAGAUCGUGAGCGGGGCGCGCGCGGCGAGCGCGAGGCUGUGAGAGGCCUGCGCGCGGCGGCCGGGCGUGCCUGCGGCGCACGCCCGCGCGCGCGCGGGGGGGCUCGCGGCCCGACGCAUCGA